UAUGAAGGCAGACUGCGUAUGGUCCAGCUUAUUUCUGACUUUCAGUUCCCAUUUGUCUGUGGAAGUCGGCAAUGUGGCGUUUUUCUCAGUGAGGCAAUAACAAAAAGUUAACUUUUAUCCCAAACUUAAAGAACCAAGAAUCUCAUGCUGCCUUAUUUACACGAUGGACGGCUAUGUCAUAUCUUCUGCCUCAGAGGAAAUUAUUCCAAACCAGCCAGAAAAUUAUCGACCACACGUAGAGCUGUACCCGUACCUCAGUAGUGUGGAGGAGAUUUAUGACGACCCUAGAUGGGCCUUCCACACGGAGAGGGUCCAGCCACCUGACUUUGAAAAUUCCUCCGUGAAUCAACUCACAGAGCUCCAGGCUGUGUCUCCACAACAGCUGAUACCGCCGUACCGCUACAGCAGUGAGUCUCUGCCCCUUCAACUGGACCCUUCACUGGCUCCCCUCUCUGUGUCACCACAAAUCCCAUAUUACACCCAAUCCGUGUGCUACCAGUACCAGCCCUCGGCCUCUCCGGGAAAUUGCAACUCGGAGGAGGAUCAAAGAGGAAUCAGUCCCCCACUGGAGGUAUCAGAGGGGGAGGACGAAUAUGACGACCAUAGACACUCUUCUUUCAGGAAAGACACUAACAACAAGAAGAAAAUACGCCUUUUCCAGUUCCUCCUGGACUUGCUAAGAAAUGGUGACAUGAGUGAGAGCAUCUGGUGGGUGGACCAGGACAAGGGCAUCUUCCAGUUCUCCACAAAACACAAAGAAGCUCUGGCGAGGCACUGGGGUAUUCAGAAAGGAAAUCGUAAAAGCAUGACCUACCAGAAAAUGGCUAGAGCUCUGAGGAACUAUGGUAAAACUGGAGAGAUCAAAAAAGUGAAGAAGAAGCUGACCUACCAGUUCAGUGAGCAAGUGCUCCGGACCCUCUGUUUACGUCAGUUUCACUGAUAAGAAAACAAAGGCUGUCUUUUAUCAUGCUGCAAUCACUAGCAACCCUAAUUUUUAUUUGCUUGUUAAUUUGCAAUUUCAGUUUGUCUUUCUAUGAGUAUCCUUAUCUAUUUAUUUGUAAUGCCAGUAAGUGUGUUUCCUCUCUGGUAUUUGCUCACUUCUGAAACAAACUGUGUAUAAUCAUAAGGGACUGCUUAUCAGCGACAGCUAAAAAAAAAAAAAAAAAAAAAAAAUCAGAUGUGUCUGCAUGAAAUACGUGUACCUUUCUGAAUGUGCGUGAAUAAAUAUUACACUGUA